AUGGAGAAGGACUACGAUGAACCCGAGUUCGCUCCAAUCACGGGGCGAAGUGAAACUGUACUAGAAGAGCGAGAACAACAAACACUGACUCGCAUUGCCUCCAGCAAACUCGGCCAACAACUUUCAAGAUCCGCUAGCAAGAAAGGUGUCGCUCCCCACCUCGAUCCUACCAACCCCCAAUUUGAUCAUCGCCGAUGGGCGCAAAUGGUGUUGGACCAGGCCAACGACUCAGGAAUUGAUAUUCCUGACCAAGGUGUGGUCUUCUCCAAUCUAUGCGUCAGCGGUUCUGGCUCCGCCCUCCAAUACCAGGAAACCCUCACUUCCAGUUUGAAAGUGCCCUUCCGAGCUGCGACAAGAGCCUUGACUGGGCAGGCCUCACCACCAAGACAAAUUCUCCGCAACUUCGAUGGCUUACUUCAGGGAGGAGAACUUCUUCUUGUUCUGGGUCGACCCGGUAGUGGAUGUACGACAUUCCUGAAGACUAUCUGCGGACACCUUGGAGGGUUGACAGUGGAGCCCGAAAGUACACUUCACUACAAAGGAGUUGCAUUUGACCAUAUGAUCAAACAUCACCGAGGAGAAGUCGCAUACAACAAGGAGACUCUCACAUUCGCCGCCCAUGCUCGUGCGCCCCAGAAACGCUUGGAAGGUGUGACCCGGAAUGAAUACGUCGAGACACUCACUCAGGUGGUCCUGUCCGUAUUUGGAUUGUCCCACACCUACAACACCAAGGUGGGCAGCGAUUUCGUACGUGGUGUCAGUGGAGGAGAAAGAAAGCGAGUCAGUAUCGCCGAGAUGUUUCUGGCUCGCUGUCGCAUCGGAGCAUGGGACAACAGCACCCGUGGUCUAGAUGCCGCAUCCGCUCUAAAAUUUGUGAAAUCACUGCGUCUUUCAGCUGAUAUGGGAAAAUCCUGUCAUGCCAUUGCAGCCUACCAAGCAUCGCAGUCAAUGUAUGAUCUUUUCGACAAGGUGGUCCUUUUAUACGAGGGAUAUCAGAUCUACUAUGGACCCAGGGAGCGUGCAGUGUCCUAUUUCGAAGAUAUGGGCUGGGAGAGACCUGAGCGCCAAGUCAGCAGUGACUUCUUAACUGCUCUCACUAACCCAGCAGAACGCACGGCGCGGCCUGGCAUGGAGAGCAAGGUUCCCCGCACAGCGAAGGAAUUUUCCGAGCAUUGGAAAAAGAGCCCAGAGUACCAGCUCUUGCACAAGGAUAUCGCCAACUUCGAAAAGCGACAAGCCCGCCACACUCGAGCUCGCAGCCCCUUCCUGCUCUCUAUCCCUAUGCAGGUGCGGCUUUGCAUGCACAGAGCCUACCAGAGAAUGCUCCAAGAUCUCCCAACAGCCAUGGCACCGGUUAUUGUUCAGAUCGUUCUAUCUCUCAUCAUUGGAUCCAUCUUCUACAAUACCCCGGACACACCCAGUUACUUCUUUCAAAAGGGUGCAGUGAUGUACUUCGCCGUGCUUAUGAACGCCCUACUUACGAUUAAUGAAAUCCUUCAACUCUAUGCUCAGCGUCCUGUUGUCGAAAAGCAAGCCGGAUAUGCAUUUGUCCACCCGUUCACUGAAGCACUAGCCAGCCUUGUCGUCGAUCUACCGAUUAAGAUCAUACGAAUAUCAAUUUUCACCGUUGUUCUCUACUUCAUGGCAAACCUGCGCCGCGAAGCUGGAGCUUUCUUCACCCAUUACCUGUUUUUGCUCACUGCAGUCCUGGCCAUGUCUGGCCUGUUCCGCAGUAUCGGUUCAUUGACCAAAACUGUUGGGCAGGCUAUGGCGAUUGCUGGUGUGCUUGUGCUCUGUAUUGUCGUUUAUACCGGAUUUACUUUGCCACAGCCGUACAUGCAUCCGUGGCUUUCGUGGAUCCGGUGGAUCAAUCCGAUCUACUAUACCUUUGAAGGACUCGUGGCGAAUGAAUUCCACGGCCGAACAUUUGACUGUUCCUCAUUCAUCCCAAGUUAUGGAACUGGCACGUCCUUUAUCUGCUCUACUGUCGGUGCAGUCGCCGGUCAGCGAACUGUAUCGGGGGAUGCUUUCAUCGAGAAGAACUACGAGUACAAGCACUCUCAUCUAUGGCGGAACUACGGAAUUCUCAUCGCCUUUUGCAUCGCCCUCAAUGCGCUCUACUUGACUGCCACAGAAUAUAUUACUGAUGAUAAGUCAAAGGCCGAGGCCUUGGUCUUCCGGCCCGGACAUGCACCAAAGUAUCUCCAGGAAGGCCACAACAUCGAGCUUGGAAGAGAGGAGGUCAACAAGCUGGAGCUGCAGAGAACCAGUGACACCAUCCGUCUUCCUGAGCAAAAAGACAUUCUCUCAUGGAAAUCUCUCAACUACGACAUCCCCGUCAAGGAGGGCACCCGGCGACUCUUAGACAACGUCAAUGGCUGGGUUAAGCCUGGUAGUCUGACUGCCUUGAUGGGUGUUUCUGGAGCUGGAAAGACAACACUUCUUGAUGUUCUUGCGCAGAGAGUCUCCAUUGGUGUUGUAUCUGGUGAUAUCUUCGUGAACGGCAAGGGUCUAGCGGCAAAUUUCCCCCGUCGGACUGGAUACGUCCAACAACAAGAUCUUCAUCUUGACAGCACCACCGUGAGAGAAGCUUUGCGUUUCAGCGCAAUGCUUCGCCAGCCUCAAAAGGUCACCAAGCAGGAGAAGUAUGAGUAUGUGGAACAAGUCAUCCAAGUCCUAGGCAUGGAAGAUUUUGCCGAAGCGGUGGUGGGAAACCUCGGAGAGGGUCUCAACGUCGAGCAAAGGAAGCUGCUUAGUAUUGGUGUCGAACUUGCUGCCAAGCCUACCCUGCUUAUCUUCCUCGACGAGCCCACCAGCGGCCUCGACUCCCAAAGCUCUUGGACUAUUUGUCAGUUCCUCAGAAGACUUGCAGACCACGGCCAGGCUGUCCUCGCGACAAUUCACCAGCCUAGCGCACAGUUGUUCCAAACCUUUGAUCGUUUGCUCUUCCUGGCCAAGGGAGGAAAAACUGUCUACUUUGGCGACAUUGGAAGCCAAUCUGCCACUCUUCUGAAAUACUUCGAGAGCAAUGGCGCCCGACCAUGCGAACAACUCGAGAACCCCGCUGAAUACAUUCUGGAAAUGGUUGCUGGCGAUUCUUGCUCAAUAGACUGGGUUGAAGCCUGGAACAAGAGCCCAGAGUAUGAAGAGGUACAUGCUGAGGUCGAACGACUUCAUCACGCCAACAAGCCGGUUAUUCCUCGACCUUCCCUAGACGAGUCUGAGUCUGACGACGACGAUAACUCCGAGUUUGCCAUGCCACUCAGCAGCCAGUUGUACUAUGUCCUUGGACGAGUCUUCCAACAGUAUUACCGUCAGCCAGAAUACGUCUACUCCAAGUUCAUUUUGGGCAUUGUAUCUGGUCUAUUCAUCGGCUUCUCAUUCUGGAAAGCAGAUAACAGUCAACAAGGCUUCCAAAACGUGCUUUUCAGUAUUUUCCUACUGUGCACAAUCUUCAACACUCUUGUCAACCAGAUCAUGCCCAAAUUCGUCGUCCAGCGCUCCCUCUACGAAGUCCGCGAACGCCCAUCCCGCAUCUACUCCUGGAAAGUAUUCAUCUUAUCCCAGAUGCUCGUCGAGAUCCCCUUCCAAAUCUGCCUCGGCAUCUGCUCCUGGGCCUGCUUCUACUGGUCCGUCUUCGGCACCGAUCAAGACUCCGAGCGCCGCUCCCUGAUUAUGCUCUUCAUCGUCCAAUUCUACAUUUACGCCGCAAGCAUGGCACAGCUAGUCGUCUGUGCAAUCCCAGAGCCCGCACUCGCAGCUAUGCUCGCCACGCUGAUGUUCGGUCUUUCCUUUAUCUUCAACGGCGUUAUGCAACCACCUGAUGAUCUCCCACGCUUCUGGAUCUUCAUGUACCGUGUCUCGCCGUUUACAUAUUAUAUCGGCGGUAUCGGAGCUACAGCGCUCCAUGGCCGUCCGGUUGAGUGUAAUAAUGCGGAGAUGAGUAUCUUUGAUCCGCCUGCUGGUCAGACCUGCUUCCAGUAUAUGGAGAAGUUCCUCGCGACUGCGCCGGGAAAGCUUGCUAAUUACAAUGCUACAUCCGGUUGUGAGUACUGCUCUCUCAGCUCGGCAGAUCAGUAUCUCGCUGGGAGGAAGAUUGAGUGGGGUGAUCGCUGGAGAAACUAUGGAAUCUUCUGGUGCUAUUUCAUUUUCAAUGUCUUUGCUGCUAUCUCGCUCUAUUACCUCUUCCGGGUGCGGAGCUCUAAGGCUAAGACAAAGAAGGCUUAA